AUGGCUGCGGUCCAGGACACCACGCCCAACCGAUUCGGCAACGCGCCCACGCCAGAGCCGCAGCUAAACGGUGGCGGCAGCGAAGACGGUGAUCUCUUCGGCGACGACGACGAAGACCAAGAACCACAAGUCAACCGAAGAACGCUUGACGACCGCGACCUCGAUUCCGGCGACGACGAAGGACGAGACGACCGCCUCGCCAACUCAGUCGAAGACGAUGACGUGGACCGCGAACAGAGAGAAGUCAAAGUCUUCGAUGUCGACCUGGCUCGCAUCCGACCUCCCGAGGGUGACGAGCUCUACAUGAUGAACCUCCCUGCCUUCAUUGGCCUCAACAGCCGCAACUUCGACUACCCUACCUACGAACCACCAACCGCUCCUCACGAUGCCUCCCAAGACAAGGGCAACAACAAGUCCGGCGACAAGUUCUCCGCCUUCUCCACCGCCACAAGCACCAUGUACUGGCGCCGCGACCCUCGCGACAAAGACCUCAUGCAAUCCAAUGCCCGCGUCAUUCGCUGGUCCGACGGCUCUCUGACCCUUCAGCUCGCCUCAAAACCUACCCAGCAAUACAACAUCUCUACCUCCGCCUUCCGUCAGAAUUACGACGCCCGCAAGAACCGCCUCAAACCUGUCCCCACACCCUACGAUCCCAAUCGAGACACCCACAACUACAUCGCCGCCCCACACUCCACCUCCGAAAUCUGGCGAGCUAGCCUCUGCUCCAUCGACCGCCUCAAAGCCGAACUCGCCAAGGCCGCAGACAUCGGCAACCCACUCGAAUCCAUGUCCAAAGUCCGCAAAGACCCCGAACAGAUCCGCCGCGAAGCCGAACAAGCAGAAAAGGACGCCGCUCGUGCCCAGCGCAAGCUCGAGAACGCACAGUACCGCAACAAUACCCGCCGCGAUGCGGUCCUCGGCCGCUCAGGUCUUGGAGGUCGCUCUGGCGUCGGUCUCAGCGUUGGUGGGCUGGAAGACGACGAAGGCAUGCCAUCUGCACGAGGCAAUACAAGACGAGGCGCAGGCGGGAAGAAGGGCGCUUCGAAGCGCAAGGUCAAUCGACACGGCGAGAUCUAUAGCGACGAUGAAGACGAUACGAUGCCGCGCGGCCGCACACGCGAGGACGAGUACGACCGCGAAGACGACUUCUUGGCCGACUCGGAGGAGGAACCAGAGACAUAUGAAGACGACGAGGAGCUACCAGAGGAUGAAGACGACGAUGAAGACGCUGCCGGAGAGAUUGAUGACGACGUCGGUGUCAUCCCAGAGCGGAAGCCGCAGCGGGAGCGGUCGGGCACACCGAAGCGUGCUGCAGAAGAUGAUGGAGCCGGGCAGGGCAGUCCAAGCCAGAUACGCAAGAAGCGACGAGUCAUUGAUUCUGAUGAGGAAGACGAGUGA